AUGUCUAACAAGGUCCGCAUCGGAGUCUUCAUCCCCAACGGCGCCCAGUCGCUCGACACGGCAUGCGCCGACGUGCUGGGCGUCAUGUCCAAGGAGUAUCUGUCGGCGAUGCCGCCGCCGCUCCGGCUGUCGCACGUGGUGGAGCUGGCGCCGCGCGUCGACAUGGCCUACAUCACGACGCCGUCGCAGGGCGGCGACAUUCGGCUGACGUCGGGCAUGGUGCUGCGGGCGACGCACGACUACACGGACGCCGAGGUGGCGCCGGGCAGGCUUGACGUGGUCAUUGUGCCGGGGCCGGACCCGUCGAGCGAGUUUGACGAGGGGGCGCUCGAGUGGCUGCGGCGCCAGUUUGCCACGCCGGGCGUCGACGUCCUGUCCAUCUGCACGGGCAUCUUUGUCUGCGGCGCGGCGGGCAUCCUCGACGGCAGAGUGGCGAGCGGGCCGCGAGGGUUGCAGGACGUGAUUCGGGCGCGGUUCCCCAAGGUGAGGCUUGCGGGGGACCGGUAUCGAUGGGUGCGCGACGGCAACCUUUGGUCAAGCGGCGGCGUCACAAACGGCAACGACUUGAUGGCGGCCUAUGCGCGCGCCAGCAGCAAGCACUGGCCGCCGUCGAUUGUGGAAAUGUGCCUCAUGUUGACCGACGUGGGCGACCGCGGCCAGGUCUACGGACAGCGGCAGGGCGUGUUUACGGCCAUGUUUGGCUGGCAGCUGCUCAAGUCGUGGGUCGCCAGCUUCUUUUGCUCGGCGGGCGGCAAGGACAAGGCGGCCUAA